AUGGGGUUGAGCUUGCGGCUGAGGUCAGCAUUGCCGAUCCGGGUCAGCGUUGACGUCGAUGUUGGCAGUUGUGUGUUGACGAUUUAUCCUCAAGUCGUCUCGUUUUCGAGACGACUCUAUUUGCAUGCACGUUUGACUGAUCCGACCGAAAGUAGGCAAAAUGGCGAAAAUGGCGAAAAUGGCGAAAAUGGCGAAAAUGGCGAAAAUGGUGGCUUCCUUGUCCUCUUGGCGCGCCUGUCAGACGCCGGUUGA